AUGAGUUUCAAAUUAAUGUAUCAAACAACAAGAAGAAUCUAUUUUAUUUUGGGUUUAUGUACAAAAAAAACUAGGAAACUUCAACAACGUUAUUAUUUUUAUCGAAUUAGUCUUAUACUCAUUUUCAUACUUAUUUUUACGAUAUUUUCUACAAUAAGUUUAAAUCAAUCUUUGUCUAAAUCAGACUAUUCAAAUAUAUUACUAAAUCAUGAUAGUAAUGCAACUGUAAUUCUUAAAAAUUAUAAUAAUCAAUCAAUACAUCAUAUUUAUGUUGACAUUGGUUGUUUCAAUGGUGAAACUAUUGAACAUUUUAUUCAUUUUACUCCAAAUAGUGUAUUAUAUGAUAUAAUUACUUUUGAACCUGAUCCCUUUAAUUAUGAAAUUUGUAAAAAACAAUUAAGACAACAGAAAUAUCAAAAUCAUAACAUAAUUAUAAUACCUAAAGCUGCUUGGAUACGUGAUGAAAAAGUUCCUUUUCAAAUUGAUCGCGGCGGAAAAAGUCGAAUAGAUCUAAAUCAAACUCGUUUACCAAUGUUAGAUGCAAUUGAUUUUUCAUUAUGGCUUUCUCGUUUAAUUCAAUCAAAUAAUACUAAACUAGAUAUUAAAAUAAGUAUACCAGGAGCUGAAGUAAAGGUUCUUCAAAAAAUGCUUAUUGACGAGACGUUAAUAUUAGCUGAAAAAUGGAUUAUUGAAUGGGCUGAUAGAUCAGAUUCUCGUACACGUCCAGGACGUAUCUAUGUUCAAUUAAUGCUUGAUUCAUUAGGUUAUAGUUUGGAAUAUUCUACGAAUUUACAUGAUAUACGAAAAGUAUUUAAAAUGAAUGGAACAGAAGGUGAUAUAAAAAGAUAUUAUGAUUGGAAAAAAGUACCUGAAGGUGAUAUAUAUUGUCAUUAUAUUCAACGACCUACUGUUAUUGAUCCACCACGUACAACAAGAUCAAGAGCAAAAUUAAAGAAAUUUUAA